AAAAAAAAAAAAAAAAAAAAAAAAAAUCGAUUUGAUCCGACGACAUGUGCAUAAUAGGAAAAACCUGUGGAUGACGACUUGCUUAGACGCGUUCCCGAGCCUGGACGCGGCCUUUGUUUGCGCCUUUGUUUGUGCCGCCAAGAACUGUCUCCAGGUCCUACUUUUUUUUUCCCUUUUACGGCGUACGUUUUCAGAGCCGACUUUUCUCCUUUUUCGGAGAGGCAGGUCACACACAGUUCCAACAUAUAAGAAAAAGAAUGGCUUGCAUGCACAAAUCUCACUCCAACACUCGACCUAUUCACGCCCAUCUUUCUCUUCCUAACUCGCGCUUCAGUCCAUUCACUUGCAAUAAGCACGGCACAGACGGCCUCAAUUACUUUCCUGUCUUUCUAUCAAGAACCAAGCAAGCGACACAGGCCAGCAACUGCACGACCCAUAUAUACCAAAUGUCUCCAAGUACCUUUCUUCCUCUAGGACUCGGUCUUGGCGGCCCUCUCCUCCUCAGCACCCUCACGGCCCCAGCAGAGCGUGUCAAGCUGCUUCUGCAGACCCAAGACGAAAUCAUUCUCAACCUGCGCGAGGAGUCCCUUGCUGCUCACCAUCGCCACUAUCGUCCUAACCAGAGCAUGUCUCCUCGUCCUCCGCUUAAGGGCGAUAGCACAAAGGGUUACGACAGCACCGCUGAUAAGGAUAGUCAUGCCACCAGUAAUCACAGCGCCGGUGGUGAAGCCGAGGAUGGGGAUGAGGACGAGGACGAACCCCGUUCGAUCAUCGUCCCAUAUGCACAGCUGCCGUAUGUGGACACUAAGGACUGUUUCACGCGCCUUGUUGAAAAAGAAGGCCGACGGUCGCUCUGGCGAGGAUACUCUCUCGAAUGCGCCCGUUUCGCACUUCAGGCUGGGAUCGACGCGGGUCUUCAACGGCGACAGUUUGGUGCAUGGCUGGACCUCCGUCGAUGGUUUGUUCUCUCGACAGAAACAUUUGGUGGUACGGCUGCAUGGAUCCUCGGCGCAUCCGUUCAAGGAACAGUAGUGAGCACAGUAGCCCUCUUAGUGGCGUAUCCGUUGGCGACACUACAAACAAAGAUGGCGACCGAUGUAGUGAGACGGACAAGAAAAGUCAAGCAAACUGUUGCAGCAGCGGAAAGUUUGGUGCAGAGUAAUGAACCUGCCAUGAAGGACAUGACAGAGGCACCAGCAACACAUACAUCCAAGGUCAUGGAGCCACCAUUGUCGUCAUCCAGCACAGAUACCGAAUCCGUGGAAUGGAUUGAGCACAUGGAGGACCAAGGUGAGGGUGGAGAUUUGCAAGUUGCCACAAAAGAGGAGGCAGCAACGACGACAGUAGAGGCAACAGCGGUCACGGCGACGGCUACACUGGCUCAGGAGUAUGAGUACGAGUAUGUGCUCUCGUACAAGCACAAUGAUGUGCGUGAUGCUUUACGAAUAACGCUCGAGUCAUCCGAAGGAGUGCUUGGUCUCUACAAGGGGUUCUCUUCCGUCAUAAUCAGCACUUUCGUAUCGCGCGUUGGCUCUCUGGCGUUGUUCCGCAUGAUCUCCCCAAUACUUGUUCGAUUUGGAGGAGGAGGAUCAUCACGUAUUGGAGGAGCAGGCGUAGGUGCCUUCCUUCUAAUUUUUGGGGCGACAUCUGCCAUUAACCUGCUGGUGUAUCCAUUGAGCACCGUAUGCCAUUGCAGGAUGACUGCGGCGCCUGGACGGUACUCGAGCUCCUGGGAUGCGGGCAGGCAGAUCGUGGAGAAACAAGGAUGGAGGGCACUCUAUAGAGGAUAUGAGGUCACCAUGUUGCGCAGCGCAGCCAUGGCGAUCUUGUCGCGUAUUUUCUGUUGAGUUACAAAUGGUCAAUAAAUAAUAGUGUUUUCGAUG